AUGAUAAGAUUAUUAAGAUUUUUUUCGACUUUUGUUAUUGUGACGACUGUAAAAUGUAUCGAUUCUGUAUCAACGUACAUGGAUGAAUUCAACAAUCAUCACACCAAACAUAUGAUGCUGUUCGAAGGACAUCACCAGAGACAUUAUCACAUGCACUUCGAUAACCAUUUCAUUUAUGGCCAUAAUGGGAUUCAGGGACCUGAAGUUAAACAUGGCCAUCAUUUUUAUGGUCGACAUAAGAGAAAGCAUCAUGAAAUGGAUCAUGAAUUUGAGCCAAUUCAUUGGCCAAUAAAAAAAGAAGCCGUUGUCGAGGGUCACGUGAUUCUCGGCGGACUGAUGAUGGUCCACGAACGCGAAGAUAACAUGACAUGUGGUCCUAUCAUGCCACAAGGAGGUAUUCAAGCUCUUGAAGCGAUGCUUUACACUUUAGAUAAAAUAAAUGAAAUGAAAUUGCUCAACAACAUAACACUUGGAGCUCAUAUCUUAGAUGAUUGUGAUAAGGACACUUAUGGUCUCGAAAUGGCAGUUGAUUUUAUACGAGUCAACUUUAACCACGAUAUACGUAAAUUUACAUAUGGAUUAAUUACAAAUCAUACAUUAGCGAACCGCAAUGAGAAUCCCUUACUCAAGAUUGUGAAACGCUUGAAUUCACCACCCUCUCUCAAAUAUGAUGAGUCAAUUCAUUGGCCAAUAAAAAAAGAAGCCGUUGUCGAGGGUCACGUGAUUCUCGGCGGACUGAUGAUGGUCCACGAACGCGAAGAUAACAUGACAUGUGGUCCUAUCAUGCCACAAGGAGGUAUUCAAGCUCUUGAAGCGAUGCUUUACACUUUAGAUAAAAUAAAUGAAAUGAAAUUGCUCAACAACAUAACACUUGGAGCUCAUAUCUUAGAUGAUUGUGAUAAGGACACUUAUGGUCUCGAAAUGGCAGUUGAUUUUAUAAAGGGCUCAAUAAGUAACAUUGAUGGAGAUGAAUGCAGCUGUAGCAAAACUCAUGUGAGAAAAGUCAUCAGUGGUGUUGUGGGGGCAGCGUCAUCUGUCACAUCCAUUCAAGUUGCCAAUCUCUUGAGACUAUUCAGAAUUCCCCAGGUCUCAUUUUUCUCAACAUCACCAGAGUUAAGCAAUAAACAACGUUUCGAAUAUUUUUCAAGAACGAUUCCAUCGGAUCAUUAUCAGGUGAAAGCGAUGGUUGAGAUCGUAAUGAGAAUGGGAUGGAGCUAUAUAUCAAUCAUUUACGAGGAAAGCAAUUAUGGUGUGAAAGCUUUUGAAGAGUUGGAAGAGUUGCUUGGCGAACAUAACAUUUGUAUAGCUGUCAAGGAAAAGUUGGUCAAAGAUUCAGGAGUAGCCCAAGAAAGAGCAUAUGAUACGAUUGUCCAAAAGCUUUUGACCAAAUCAAGAGCAAGAGGUGCAAUUAUUUUUGGGUCAGAUCAAGAGGUAGCAGGUGUCAUGCGAGCUAUCCGUCGAAACAAUGCAACUGGAGUUUUUUCAUGGAUAGGAAGCGAUGGAUGGUCAGCAAGAAAUUUAGUGUCAGAUGGAAAUGAGCCGGAAGUUGAAGGGACUCUUUCCGUCCAGCCUCAAGCGAAUUCUGUUCGUGGAUUUGAAGAUUACUUCCUUGAUUUGACUGUUGAAAAUAAUGAGAGAAAUCCAUGGUUUGUUGAGUUUUGGGAAGCACAUUUUGAGUGUAAAUAUCCGAAUAGUUCACUGACGCCAUUCAAUAAGAAGUAUAAAAGAGCUUGUACGAAGAAUGAGAAGCUCACGAGAAAUAACACAGAUUUUGAAGAUCAACUGCAGUUUGUUAGCGAUGCUGUAAUGGCAUUUGGUUAUGCAUUGAGAGAUAUGCAUCAAGAGUUAUGUGAGGGUAAACCAGGAUUAUGUGAAGCAAUGCGGCCUACUAAAGGGUCAGAAUUGCUCAAAUAUCUUAGAAAUGUAAAAUUCCUAGGACUCACAGGUGACGAAUUUAACUUCGAUCCAAACGGUGAUGGCCCAGCACGCUAUAACAUUAUUCAUUUUAAACAAGUUGAAAAGGGAAAAUAUCAAUGGGUAAAAGUGGGAGAAUAUAAGCAUGGUCGACUUCAUUUAAGCAUGAAUGACAUUCAAUUUAAAUUCAAACAACCGAAGCCACCUGAGUCCGUUUGUAGUUUACCAUGCGAUCGUGGACAAGCUAAGAAGUAUGUCGAGGGAGAAAGCUGUUGUUGGCAUUGCUUCAAUUGCACUACCUAUCAGAUAAGAAAUCCAAAUGAUGAGACACAAUGCAUUAUGUGUCCCUGGGGGACUCUUCCUGAUGUAGUGAAGGAAAAGUGUGAUGAUAUUCCAGAAGUUUACCUUCAGGCUGAUUCAUGGUGGGCCAUUGGGGCAAUGACUUUCGGGCUUUUUGGAAUUUGUAUAACUAUAUUCGUAAUUGGAAUUUUUUUAAGAAAUAACGACACACCAGUAGUUCGGGCAUCGGGGCGAGAAUUAAGUUACGUCCUUUUAGCUGGCAUUCUCAUGUGUUAUCUCGAAACUUUUUCUCUUGUACUUAAACCUACCAACUUUGUCUGCGGUCUGCAAAGGUUUGGAGCAGGUUUUUGCUUCACUGUUGUAUAUGCAGCACUUUUGACAAAAACCAACCGUAUUGCAAGAAUUUUCAAAGCAAGCAAGCAAUCGGCAAAGCGACCAUCAUUCAUUUCACCGCAAUCGCAGCUGAUUAUUUGCAGUGCUCUUAUAUCUAUUCAGAUUCUCAUUAACGUGGUAUGGAUGAUCAUCGCACCCUCAAAUGCCAAACACCAUUACCCCACCCGUGAAGACAACCUUCUGGUUUGUGACUCAUAUAUCGAUGCAUCGUACAUGAUUGCUUUCUUCUUUCCUAUCGUGCUCAUAAUUGUUUGUACCGUUUAUGCUGUUCUGACACGAAAGAUUCCUGAGGCAUUUAAUGAAUCGAAACACAUUGGCUUCACUAUGUAUACAACUUGUGUCAUAUGGUUAGCGUUUGUCCCACUUUAUUUUGCAACAGCAAAUCAUGUUCCAUUGCGUAUAACAUCCAUGUCAGUCACCAUAAGUUUAUCAGCACUCGUUUGUAUGGCAUGUCUCUUUACACCGAAGCUUUACAUCAUCCUCAUUCGACCUGAACGAAACGUUCGUCAAAGUAUGAUGACAGCUAAUCGAUGUAAAGGUUUGAGUAAACCACCAACAACCGGUUCAACAUCAAUGAUGUCAACCGUGAUGGUAACUGUAACAACAUGUAAUCAAAAGGAAAAAAUCCAGAGACACAUGUCGAUUGUAGAAGCUAAAGGUUCGCAAUUUUCAGACAACGCAAGUGUCAAUAACAAUAACAACAAUCACAGCUUGAAUAACAAUACGAUGAAGUACAGUGAUAAAUCAACACAAACAGCUGAAUGCAAUGAAUGUGAAGCAUCGAUGAAAUUGACAUUGAGAAACGAAAAAUUGAAAGCAGUUGAAACUCAAACUGAAUCUACGAAUUUAUGUAGCGAAAAUAUAUGUUGCCUAAAUAGUAUACCAUAUGCGGACAUGACAAAUAGCCCGCCGCAGCCACCCUCUAUUCCUUUUCGACGUUUGAACGAUGGUAAAGUAAUUGACAACUGUAAUGACAACAACCAUCAUGAAAAAAACCGUAUUGAGUUGAAUCAGCUAUCAGCACGAGAUUUGCAAAACUCAUUGAAUAUCAAUUCUGGUGUGACAAAAAAGACUUCAUUGUUAUCCAAAAGAAGUGUUUUAUGUGACAAUUGUGAACAUGAUGAUGAAUCGAAAUACAAAAUCAGCAAAACGUUUAGCAAUUGUUGUUUAAUUCUUGAAAAGUUUGAGAAUGCUAUAUUAUUAGAUAUAAAAGUAAGAAAGAUAAAAAAAAGUUUUAAACUGAAUCAUCUAUUACUUUCUUAUUUAAAGUUAUGUUUGAAUAUCAAAGAUCUUUUGAAGAUAACGCUUAUUUGUUUUUGUAAAAAGAACUGA